CUAUUUUCGGUGGACGCAGCCACGAAAAUAUGUACCAACGCUAAUAAUUAAAUUAUAUAUCAGCGCUUGUAUUUUCGUGCCGAUUCUGUCGCCCUCCCGUUGCACGAAUAGAUGUGUGUGUGUGCCUGUGUAUUGGAACGUGUUCUCGUCUGUCGGUUGCAACUUUGCUGUGCGUGUUGUGUGUGUGCGUGUGUCUGUGUUGCACAUUCGUUUAGCAAUGGCGACGAUUGCUAAGAUCCUGGACCAAAGCAACCUUCAAGUGCGGGUUUCAUCUUCAUCACCGUCAGCAACAACAACAACACACAGUCUGUGAUGAUCUUCUGGCGCUUCACGCUCGUGUGUGCGUGUGCGAAGGAAUGCUCUCUCUCUCUCUCUCUCUCUCUCUCUCUCUCUCUCUCUCUCUCUCUCUCUCUCUCUUGCUUUAACCUUUGCACGAACACACGACGGAGUGCUGUGCUAUGUUUACAUACACACAAAUGAACAAGGGCCGACCCGAUAUCGAUUUUCAAGGGCGUGUAACGUAUAGCAGUGUCAAUAUACUACACACAUACCCACACACACACAGACACACGCACGGUCAGAGAUGUGAAGGGCGUUCGCCGCCGCCGUGCGUGAUAAAAAUGGAUGGAAGUAGAAACGGGAUGAAUCGUGCGUGAAAGAGAGCUGCAACCAGCGGCUGCGCGAGAACGCGUCAUCACAGCGCGUAGUGUAAAUGUUUGUGUGUGUAUGUGUCUGUAUGUGUUUGUGAGGGGGUGGAAGGUGGAUGUUGGUGCGGCCACACCGUGAGUGUUGUUUUGGGGCACACACCGUUCGAUGAUCUCAUACUUUUUUGGGGGAAGCACACACAACCGCGCGAUAUCGCCUGCGUGUGUUGGCGGAAUAUGGCCUACUAGAAAUGAAUUUUGGUUUUUUCUUCGCCCCUUUCUAUUUCUUGUGUCACAUUACGGGAGUACCCGGGGACGGGGGGAUCAAUUUCAAGCUCCUACUUAUCGUGCCUGGACGAGGGGGGAAUUUUCUUAUAUUGAUUUCUUAUCUGACAUCUGCCCUCACCACUUCGCUGGGGCUGUCAGUUUUAUUUAUCUCUGUCCCGUGGCUGUGGUCUGCGCGAUACUGCCCACAAAAUGGCAGCAAGAGGGAGCGGAAUUUGAAGCUUUAUUUUUAUCAAUCGCAAUGCCUAAUAGGAAUGGUAACUAAAAGAAAGGAAAAAAAUACACAGCGGCCCACCCAAACAGAUAACAACCACCGAACCCCCUCCGAAUCCCGGUCUGCACUGUGUGCAGGCGCUUCUCCAAACUUCCAGCAGUGUAUGAGUGUGCGGUUGUGCGCACGGGUAGUGUGUUCGUGCAAUUUUCCGUGUCGCUCUCUCAUCACAGCCCGUGUGAUUCACGCCCGCGGCCUGCUUCGUGGCAGAGAGACACCAACCAGCGUGUUGUUGUUGUCCGGUUCCUGGUUUGGGAAUUAUCAACCUUGCCGUCGUCCUCGGUCGCAGUGUGGUGCAUAGGGUGUGGUUUUGGUGCGGUUUGAGUGUUGGUGGUGUGGUGUCCAUUACGUUGCAGUAGUAGGAAAGCGUGAAUGCCAGGACGAAGCAAUAAUUAAUAAGGUCGGAUUGUUUUUUUUUUAACCAGUGCUAAAUAGUGUGUUGUGCAAAUAAUAAGCGGGCAGAAGCAGAUUAAAUGCAUCUAGUGACGGUCGCAAUUCCUGGGAACGUGUGCACCUGAGUGAAUAGAAACAUGAAGCGGCAGCUGGAAAAGUUCAAAGAGGAACUCAAAUCGAACCUAUCCCGGUCCAGCAAGGCGGAGAAGAAUGCGGACGGGCUGCAGGAAAUCGAGCGUGAGGUCGACCGGUACAAAGACAUACUGCAGAACCUGAACAAGCGGAUAGCGACGAACGUGUCCGCCGGCCAGCCACAGGAUGCGGUCGCGCGGGAGAAGCGCUGCAAGAAGGUGCCCGAGUUCCAGCUCGGCCAGCUGAUGGAGGAAUCGGUCAAGGAUCUGCCGACCGGUCUGCUGAAGGAUGUGCUGGACACGUGCGCACGCGUCGAGAAGCGGAUAGCGACGGAGAUAGUGAACAACGAGGUGAACGUGGAGAACUCCGUCAGCAAAAACCUCAACGACAUCAUCGAGCGCCACUUGUCCACGAUCCAGAAGCAGAAGCGCGUCGUCACCAAGUGCCACCAGGAGUAUGAGGCCUCCCGGCAAAAGUAUGAUUCGGCCCAGCGGAACAGCGAUCAGGCGGGAAAUCAAGCAAAGAUCACCCAGCUGAAGGAUGACCAAGAGGAGCUGCACACCAAGCUGGAGAAGGAGCGCGAUCUGUACGAGUCGUACAUGUACGAGCUGCUGGCGGAGGAGGAAAACAUUGCCCUGUUCGUUAAAGAGUACGUCAAGCACCAGGAGCUGUACUUCACCUCCGUCCUGCGCGAGAUACAGCACACGAUGCGCAGUAUGGACGGGUUGUUCCGUCGCAAUAACAAGCAAAUCUUCAACACGCCCCUGCGGGAUCAUCUGAAGGCGACGGAUCGUAAAAUUGCUUACGUGAUCGAGCUGUGUGUUUGCUGCCUGCUCGAGAAGGGCCUGUACGAGGAAGGGCUGCUGCGCGUCGGCUGCGCCUCCUCCAAACUGCGACGCAUGAUUUCGGCGAUCAACGCAAACUACGUGUCACCGCCGCUCGCCGACAAGUACUGCGAUCCGCACGUCGUCGCGGGCGUACUGAAAAAGUACCUCCGCAGCCUGCCCGACCCGCUGCUGACCUUCGAGUUCUAUCCGGACUUUGUGCAGGCGGCGCAGAAGCCAAGCGACGCGCAGCGGAAGGCCGCCAUCCUCGAUAUCGUGAACCAGCUGCCGAGGGAAAACUACGACAACCUGCGCUACCUGACCAAGUUCCUGUCCUACCUGGCGGAGAAAAACCAGGAGAACAAAAUGUCCCCCCAGAACAUUGCGAUCGUGAUGUCACCGAACCUGCUGUGGUCGCCGAACGAGAACGAAAACUAUAUGGACCAGGUGAACAGUACCGCGACGGUGAACACGAUCGUCGAGGCGCUCGUCGCCGACUGGGCGUUCUUCUUCGAUGGCGAGGUGAACUUCUACGUCAGCAUGACCCGGGACGCACUGUUCCCGGACAAUGGGGGGUUCCCGGUGGACAAGGAUCAGCACGUCCGCAGCGUUCCUAGUGCGCCCGGGGGCGACAUGAUGUCCCGGUCGAUGUUUGUCACAUCGUCGACCGAUCGGGGGCAGCCGACCGUUGCCGUGACGCUGACCGGUGGCAGCAGCCAGGACGAGCUGCGCAUCGGCCGAGGAGAGGGCGGCGGCGGAGGAGGCGGUGGAGGAGGAGGGGGCGGAGUGUCACAUUCCCGCAGCAGCAGCCACGAUACUAGUCUUAUUCUAAUCAAUAGUCAUAACAAUCACAACAGCGGCAACAACGGCGGCAACAGUGGUGGUGGUGGUGGUGGUGGUGGCGGCAGUACAGACCAGCUGAAGUAUCGCAGCCAGUCGAACAGUUCGCUGUCGGAUCAUUCCAGCCCGCCGCAGGAGUACAGCCCGAAGCUGCCGAUUCGACGAAAGCACAACAAGCAGGUGGCACCGACCCCGCCGGACAAUCACCACCAGCACCACGGCCGCGGCCAGCGGGAGGUGAAUAACAAGCUGCACUCUACGCACUACUUCAAGCAGCUGAGCGGUUCGGGCGUCACGGGCGGCAGCUCGGUGAGCGGGCACAAUCACAACGGAGACGGAGCGGGGGACGAUGGGUUCGCGUCGCUACAGCAUCACGCGUACAAACAGGCGCAGGCCGAGUACGACCGGCAGCCGAUGCUGCGGGCCGAGAGCCACGACAACCUGCUGAAGCUGAAGUCGACCGAUAAGAUCCCGCCGCCGCGGCCGGCCGCCGUCAGCGUGGACAGUCAGGUGCUGGGCAAAAUCAAGGCCAGUGUAGCAAACAGCAUCCAGCAGCAGCAGCAGCACCAAAACAAGCAACCAAAUGCUCCCAAUUGUGAUACAACUAGCAGUAGUAGUAGUAAGGAGAACAAGGAAAACAACAACCGGGCGGCAGCAGCAUCGUCGUCGUCCUCUGUCUUUCCCCCGCUGAAGCCUGUCGCCCUGCCGAGGACCACGAUUCUCGGUUCGUCCGCGAGAUCCGCAGGCAGUGCGUCGAAUGGGAACAACAAUAACGACGACGGUGGAGAUACUGGUGCCGGGACGGGUGGAUCGACCGCUGGCGGAGUAGGAGGAGUUGUGAUACGGGAGAAACCGGUCAUACCCGAACGGCCCGCCACGCUAAUGCGCCCGAUGAGCUUCAAGGGCUCCAUUCCGGAAAUAUCGAAGGUCAGCGAAGGUACCAACACCAUCAUCAGCGGUCUGACGUCCGCCAGCUCGCUAAAGAAGGCGCAAAGCUUCCGCGGUGAAACGACGACCGGUGGCAACCGGAUAGGGGCGUCGGAAAAACCGACCUCCUCCGACCUGGAGCGGGGCACACUGGAGCGGACGCAGAUCUACAACAUUGACAAGCAGCAGGUUGCAUUCAUCGAUGUGGUAGAGCGAUCGUCGGACGAGGAUCAGGGAUCGGGUAGCACCACCACCACCAUCACCACCAAGCCAAAGCAUUCGAGUACGCGCAAAGACAAACCGGAACCCGUGGCGUUGAAUCACGUGGACACGCUGGCGUCCUCCUCCGUUUCGGCAACAGUUCCUCAGGGCACACCGCCUCUCGCAAUGAUGGAAUCGACGGGAUCGCUCGGCAGUGACGUACAGUCGCCGGUGAAUCCGCUGCCACCGAGCGGGAACAACGUCAACAAUGCCAGCUCUACUGCUGCUGCGAAUACUACUAGCAGUAGCUCUACAACCACCACCACUAGUCUGCAGCACGUUCCACAGUCGCCGCGCGGCAUCGAUCCGAAGAUCAAGCGGCCCCAGGUCCCGGCACCGCCACCGCCGGUCGGGCGGCCAAAAUCGUCCGACUCGACCGAUUUAUAACAGUUCGGGGAGGUGUUGAUUUAGAAUACGGCCCCGGUGAAGCUCCGGCGUCGCCGAUGAUGCACACCGAAUUCGCUAAGCGGCCGUAAAAGGGUUCGGCGCGGCGCGCACCCAGUGGUCACAAUCGCGAUAUCUUCUUCUUUUCUUCCUCUUUAUCUAACUACCAAAAACUGUUGCUAAGCUCUGUUCUUUGUUACUAGGACUGCACACGCCGUUUCGUUUCUUUCAGUUUCGUUAGCAAUGUAGGACAAUAUUUGGUUUUCGUUGCAGCAAUGUUGCUAUAUGUUGCAUUUUAUUUACCGUUGAAUGGGAGGGGUGAAACUAGUGAAAUGUUGUGAUUACGAUAGUUAAAUUAGAGAAAGAGAAACAACAGUUCGAAACAAAAGCGUAAAGUGAAUGAAAGGAAGCGACAGUAAAUUAGUGCAGGGUUUCCGAAGUACCCCCCCGUAUAUUCGUUUUGCUUCGCUUUUGCAAGCAAUUCUUUUCUGAACAUCAUAUGUACGUGCGAAUUGAAUUUUCAGAGCGAAAACAAAAAAAAAAACACAUUGAACUAUGACGUGGCAUGCACUGACAAUUUUAAUUGUGCGACAAAGUUCAUCACAAUUCAUUAAAUCAUACAUCACGACACCAGAUGAACAACAACAAAAACAGCAGUCGACUGAAAGAGAUUAUCCAUUUCUUGUGAAAUAGCUUAAUUGUUGUUACGUAUCAGCAUUAAUUGUACGCUUUUCCCCCUUGGUACACAUUCCGUAUUGUGCACUUCCCAGAGAAAAGGCCAUCAGUUUGUUUGUCACGAAAUAACGGCCGCACGGAAAUGAAGGUUCGGGAAAAUUUUUGUUUUAUUUUUUGAGUCGGACCCAAAAAGCGAUAAUUGGACAAAGUUUUCUCGGAAAAGGUCUUAUACUUUCCUGUCCUUUCAGCUUUUUUUUUUCUCUGGCAAAGCGAUUCAGCUUCUAAUAGAUAAAAGCACGGGAAAAAGUAACUUACACGGAACGUGUAUAUUCCGGGCGUUCGGGUGAUGUUAAAGCAACCAACCAUGUGGAAGACGUUGCAAUUUUCACUACGACCGCCAUUCUUUCUUUUACGCUUACGCCGGCGGACCAUUUGAUUAAUGGCCAAGCGCGCUCUGCGUGCAGUUGCAGUAUGGGUGUGUUUGUGUGUGUGUGUGCUGCUCCGUGCAUUCACGAUUUAUCGUUCCCCGGGACGGAAAUUGAAUUUUACUGCCAGCAGCCGAAAAAAAGGUCGCGUAAGAAAUCCAACAAGAAAACACGGACAGGAACUAAUGAAAGUGUAGCGCGCGCGAGCGUGUUUUAACUAAGAACAGUCUUUCUUAUUUGGCGCAAAGCAAAACGCAAAAAGUAACAUGAUAGGAAAAAUGACCAAAACAACACUUCGGUGCGUUACAGUGCACGCGCUCACAAGACAGCGUGCAGAAAACCGUGCUGUUCGAGAGAAACCCGGUCAAUCUCAGUGCUGACCAUGAAAAAUGGAGAAAGAUUUACACACCCGAAUCCUUGCUUUGGACGCACUGGCAGUCCGCUACUAACUAACCAAAGCGAUGACUUUCAAGAGACUGCCGCUGAACGCUGCUAAAGUGAAUUUGUUUUUAAAAUUGGCAGAAUGGGGGAUUUUUGUUUUUUUUUUUUUCAAGGAAAGGCCACAGAGGCCACGUCAAGGACGAUGCUGGAAGUGUGUGCAACGGAAGCUUGUUAUUGAAAUCGUGCAAUAGCUACAAAACAAUUCGAACGUUUUUACUGGCAUCACCUCUGGGAAGGAAACGAAGUAUGAUGGUUGUGUGUUAAAUUGACGUAGUUUUGUGGCAAUGCAUUGUACGCCGCUGAGUUCCUAGUUUAAUUUAGCUACCACAGGACAAAAAGGUAUAGAAUGGAACAAAGGUUCUUCGACGAAGGAAUGUGUAGAAUGUGUUUAUGAUGAAUAUUGAAAUAUCAAGAAAGAUCGCGAUCGAUAUAGAGAACGUUUAAUCGGUUAUGAUAGAAAAGAUUACAAACGUAUGAUAGAUACAUUUAAAAAGGCAUAACAGAAACUGGAACAGGAAUGGAAUCAAAAACAUACACACCUCAACAUAUCAACAACCAACUGCAUGCUUGAAACAGCUCACAUUUAAACUAAAUUGUGGACGCGACAUCAGCAACAGCAACUUAAAUUAUCAACCUUAGCUUUGUAAAUUCCAGUGCAUCAACUUUGCUUGUGGCAAUGUACAUCGCGAACCGAGCGCUCUAUAUAUAAAUGCAUUUUAUAGUACUGUGCAAGUGGCAACAGCUUCAAAUUAAAAUCAGUAUUGUUGAUUACACAUCGAGCUAACCGCGAAGCUCGCCCUCCGCGCUACGUUGCAAGCAGCGCGCGGUUUAGCGAUAAUCUUCCUGUUUUCCCAUCAGAACCCGGAACCAAAAGUGUCCAUAAUUUACAUCACAAUCAAAUGCGCUCCCCCACCUACCUACUUUACACUGAAGGAGGGUUUAUAUAAAAACAACUAAAAAAAUGCUGUGCGAUGAAAUUACCUGCACACAUGCCAGCAACGUGGGUUGUAACACAAGCCCCACACGCUUUGCCGCGCGUAUGGGGUACAUGAGGCGUCGGCUAAGAGUGUUGGGCAGGUGCGCGGGCUAUAUUACGUUCAAAUUUCAUCAACCCGUUCGCGCGUCACGUGCGGUUUUGGUUGCGAAUUACUGCGGAACGCAGGAACUAAUUUCGAUCUCAUAUGAAAUGCACCGGAAGAGUGAUGUGUGCGCUCUACUGCUAUGCCGCAUAAUCCCCCUUUUUUGGGGCGCACACACGAGCGAGGUAGGAAGAAAAAACAAGUCCCAACAAAUUCAGUUGCCAAAAUUUCAAAGCAUACGCGGGCAGAUGAUAAAGCCGGACACACGCGAUGGAUUUGUGUGUGUGUGUGUGCGAGAGAGCGUCGUUUUUAUCACCCUUUUCGAGCGCGCGAACGUGUGCUCCCGCCCCUAUUCGCUCUGGACAGUUGAAGAAGGAAAGGUGGAAGGUAUCACAUCCCGCUCGCGCACACCGCGUCCGUGUUCCCUCCGGUUUUUGGUGGCGGUUCGUCACUGCCGAGUAAUUAGCAUUUAAACAAAAUCAUCAUCAAUAUUCAUUAAAAUUUGUUACUCCAUUUUAGUGGUUGGUGGAGGGCUUGUGUUGCUGCAAAAAAAAAGAAGGGCGCUGCCAAGAAUAAGCGAACGGUUGCUAACCAACCACCGCCCUCUGCCAACGAAUCUAGUGGGCACUGUGUGCAUGGAGAUUUUUCACGUACGCGUUGCUGUGUGCAGUGCAGAUUUUUAAACCGCGUCCGGAACACACAUACACACCUGUCGGUGCCGGAACCGGCAGUGUCCGUAGAUAAAACGUGCCCGUAAUAAACCGCAAACAAACGCGAAAGAAGAAUCGGUUUUGGUGGUUUUGGUGAAAAGCAGUGUUGCGUCGUGUUCAUCCGGCGGAGAGGAAGCACGGUUGUCCGGUGUGUUUCUCACCCCGAUUGCAGCGUCAGUACACAUCAUUAUGCUUUUAAGCUGGUGCGUAGGGGAGUUUUUUGUUUCUUUGUGUCCAGUAAGUGCAACGAGUGUGACAUGAUCGGGCAUGAUGAUGAUCAUAAAGUGAAUUGUUUGAAACAUGUGCAGUAGAUGCCGAAAGCGAUGGAAUUGUGAGUGUGUGUAUGUGUGUGUGUGUGCGCAAUACCGGGGUGGAUGGGAGAGAACAACGCAUCGUCACCAUUCUUUCCCUUGGGUGGAAAAUUCACUGCGGCGUAUUAGUGGCCAGUACCGGUAGGUGCAGCGUUAUUGAUGUGAAAAGGGCCGACGAGCGCUGAGGUAACACAAUAUAUCAACUGUGUGUCAAUGUGGCAAACCGCCGUCUCUCUCUCUCUCUUGCCGCCAACUCUUUCCUUCUUCGGAUAGGGAACAAUUGGCGGUAAUGGGUGUUGGUGGAUUUUUUUGUUUUGUUUUUGCGAGCGUUACUCGGUAUAACGCUAGUUACGAUGGAUUGUUCCGGUGGUGAGGAAUCUGUGUCUUGUUCGUUGUUUUUUUAUCGACAACAUGGGGUGUUUUAAAUCAUGUUUUUCAGCAGAAACAUGAAAAUCGCUCAUUUUAUAACAGAUUGAUUUAAAAACGCCUACUGUGACUUGGAUAAUGAAUCGCACAACUGGAUUAUGGAUUUGCUUUCUUUUUUAUCAUGGCUUACUGCAACAGCGCAGCAGGUUGUUUUUUCUUUUGUCCGGGAAAUGAGAUUGUUCGAUUGAUUCGCUUUCUCAUCUCCCACGGAGUUAUAUAGUGCAUUCCAGAGUGAUUUAUUUUUUUUUUAUUUUACUUUACAACGAAAUGAUGAAUCCCCCACUGUACUGUCCUGCUAUUUCCCGUGGUGGUGUGCCCUAAAGGUUUUGUCUCUUCAUAGCUUUCAAGUUAUGAUGUAAUUGGAUCUUUUUAUAGUAGUCUUAUCGGAUAACAAAAUCUUAUCUGAAUUAUGCUUGAGCUUAAGCUAAGCAUACGCAAUGUUUAAUAUGCAGCAAAAGUAAUAAAAACCGCUACUCUCUUCAUCUAUUUAUAUUUCACCUCUAUGGUCGUCCUUUUCUAUCCCGUUCUCUGCAUAAGUGCCCUCCCGCUGCGAAGCGAAUUCAGUGAAGGAGUUAGAAAAGAAGAAAAAAAAAACAAAAAAAAACGCUUUUUAAAGCAUAAAAGUCACUAAAGAGAGGAACUAGAGGAAAAGAAGAUAAACAUGAAAAUGAAGUAAGAAAAUAGAUAAAACGAAAACUAAAAAUCAGUAAAGUAAGUGUGAUUGAGGAAAAAGAGUAAAUAAAACAGAAGUAAAGAAGGAAACGUGUGUAUAGCAAGCGAACUAAAGGUGAUACUAUUUAGAGUGAAAGAAGACAAAACUAAGGACAAACAAAAAGAAUGAAAAAAAAUGUGCAAAAAAUGGCCGGUAACAAUUAGGCAGUAAAAUGUCACCAUAUAUGCUUUGUUUUAUAGGUUAAUUCGUGAAUUUAAUUCAAUUAUCGUGUCUGUUUUUUGCCUUCUCUUUGUUUCUCUAUGGUUGGCUUCGUGCUUGAAUGCUUUAAAGCCUUGUAUUCGCGAAGCAAAAAACAGAAGCAAGCUAUAAGUUAAUGUGAAAGAGAAAGAGAGCCCUAAUAAGGUCGUAAAAUAAACAUAUACACACACACACCCAGACAUACGUACGCAAAGACAUGUUUUGUGUAUGGCAAACCGUAUUAUUACAAUCAAUUAUGCAUUAAUAAUUAAACGCGCAGCAUUACUAAUUGAAUUUAAAGCAUGUGGGACGAAGAUGAGGAAAGAAUGCGUAAAGGAUAAUGAAAUUUAACAAAAAUUGAGCAACAGGCAGGCCCACAGCAUUGCGAGAAGCACCGUCCGUGUGUCCCGUGAUAUAUGCGGUGUGUUGAUGCAUUAUCGAUCAAAUGGUAAAACGUACUGUAGUCGAUACACGUAGGAAAGGAUAAAACAAUGGGGCGCCUCUUUCCGCAUGCCGCCGAGAGGUGUGGCGGUGGGAUCGUCCAUGGAUGUUGCGUUAAUGGGCAACAUUAACAAAACAUUACGAUCAAUCGAACGGGCAAAUUAAAACACCAACUCUCACACAUCCACAAACAAACACACACACACAAACGGGCCCGGGGACAGUCACCAGGUGUGCGCUGUGUGCAGACAGCAUGCACAGAUGUAACUAAUUAUUAAUUAUUGCAAUAAAGCGAAAAAACAAAUGUUGAUUUUUAUUACAGUGAAAA